UGCAAUGGCUGCCUAUCGAAACUGAUUUCAGAUCAGUCUCCAUUUCACACAUGAGGGAACGGGGGUCGCUGCUGUUUUGCAGCAUUGAGAACAGAUGUGGAUGUACAGACGCAACUGUAACAUUAUCGUAGAAACCUAAAGUAUGGAGAAGCCUGAAACGAAGGAGACGAGGAACAGAUGGAAGAGAUGAGUGAACUUAUUCAACCUGAGACUUCAGAUGAUAUCUCUGAUGAGAAUCAGAACAAGCUGAAAGAGACAAAGGCUAUGGACGUAGACAAUGAUAAAGAUGACUCGGAGAACAGGAACACACAAGAAAAUGCCUUGGAGAGCCAUAGCUGCUCUUUAGAUCGUGCAACGUGUGAAGCACGGCAAUACAACAUUUCAAGAAGACGGUUCAGAAGUUCAAAACAGACAGAAGAUAAAUAUAGUCUCUCUGGAAUUGUGCCGCCUGGGCCGAGUCCUUUUCUUCUGGCUUCACUGCAGUCUCUUGUUGAAGAAAAUGAUUACAUGCUCCUCCCUCAUUCCUUACACCAGAUAGCAGAGGACUAUUUCCGUGAAGAAGAUUAUCCUUGGGCAGUGGAGUUUCUCACUCUGGAGAAGCUGUACCAUGAGAGACUUCUGUCUAAUCUGGCCUCCAUUCAGGAGCAAUGGGAGUCCCAGUGGAAAACCAGCAUCCAAACUCAAAGUAACUCUUCUGUAAGUGAGACCGAGAGAGCACAGAUAGAGUCAUUGAGUCACAUCUGCAGGACACACCAGAGACCGAAUCUGCAUGCAGAAAAGAGCACGAGUGACACAAAGCCACGAAACAGCCCAACCCAUGUAACAGAACACGGAGAACAAGAGAAAACUUUAGUGAACUCGGCUGUGAGGGAAAACCGGGCGGGUGACUGCUCACGGCUAGAAGCUGAACACGAGCCAGAUGAAGAUCGUGAACUCAACGAGGAGGGGGAAGGGCAGGAGGAAAACCUUGAAGAAGAUGACUACUGGAAUGAGGAACUUCAGGAAGAGCAGGAAGACACAGACAUCGAUGGCCAGGUUCCAGCGGAUGAGCUGGCCAAACUCAUUCAGAUAGAGGAGAUGUUUCCUUCAGAUGGCUUGGUUUCUAUUUUAAAGAAAAGAGUUUGUGUCAAGGGAACAGAUGAUCUUAAUCCGCCGAAAUACUCAAGAAAACGCAAAGUCCGCUUCAGAGAACCAGAUGACCCUUUCGAUCCAGAUGAGUCGACUAAAAAGUCCUGCCUCAUUCUUCUCCUCUUGUGUGUGGUUACCGUGGCAAUUAGCAUGGGCUGGACUGCAAUCUCUUGCCUUGUUGGAGAGGGGAACUCUAAUGUGUGCGUUGACUUCUCUCAUAACAUUGACUUUUAUUUUGGACCUGUACGACAAGGAGUGGACAUUUUUACACAUUGGCUCUCUUCUUCAUCUGCAUCAUAGUACUCAUUUUAUGCAACUUUAAGGGCAACUCCUAUUUCUUGGACAGACAACAGUAUUCCUCCUGACACUAAUAAUAUGCACUAAUGCACAUUACCAGACUGGCCUUAAUAUUUCUCAUACAGUACAGUGCUUCCUAAUGCACUCUUAGAACGAAUGUGUUAAAAACAACACUUAAGUGUUGAUUCUGGGACAACACAUAUCUGUGUUAUUAUUGAAACAACACAUUUUGUAUUACUUUUAACACAACUUGUGUUAUAUUUUAAGACAAAAUGACACAUAUGUUUUAAAAUUACACAUAAUGUGUUAAAAGCUUAACGCACAAAGAUGUGUAAAAAAUUAACACAUCCUUUCUAAGAAAGUGCACAGGUUGGAGUGCUUGGUUUAGGUACUUUAACAGGUUUAGAAGAGAUGAUAUGCAUACUGUAUAUCACUACCAUUAUAUUUAUAUAUGUACUAUAUGUACUGUAUGUUCAUCUGUCAUCUAUACAUACAAAUUGACAACUUUGACCUUUGCAGUAGACAGUUUUUUUAAAAAACAUUCCACACUUAAAAUACAUGCUUUUUGUGUAUUUAUAUUUUUUUCCUGACUUGGCAGUUUUUAUUAUUGCUCUAACCAUUAAAACUUAAAUAUAAGGAGACAAUACAUUAUUAAUCCAAAGCAGGAGAAAUUUGAGUGUCACAGCAGAAACAAGACAAGUAAAGAAAAAUAGAGAUAUAUGACAUAUAUGAAAAAGUCAAGUGAAUACAUGUACAAAUAUAUUAACUAUAUUUCCGUAUGUCACAAUAAAUAAGGCAAUUAAUGGAAGGUUAACUUAUUAUUAAAAAGAUUGUACAGCAAUAUUGACAAACAGUUCAAAUGUAUAUCAGUAUAAUCUUUAUGACCGACAGCACAAUCUGGUUACAAGCAUGUGUUACAUUCAACAAUUAUGAGUGUGAGUAUUUGUGCACUGUAAAAAAAAUUCAAAUGAUUUUUUUGGUCAAAUCAACAUAUAUUUUUAUGUUAAUUUAACUUAAAAAUGAAGAUAAACAAAUUCAACUUGAUUUUAUAAAUUAUGUCAACUUUUUACAAGCCAAAGUUGUUUUAACUUCACGCUGCAAUUUUUUUUACAGUGUGUUAUAAAGUCUGUAAAUUGUACUGCUUUGUUUUAAUGUUAUACAGAAAAUUAAAG